AUGGACGGUCAUGAUAAUCGUUGCCUGCUGGCGCAUGAACGACUGAAGCUCCUUCAGAGAAAUGUUGAGUAUUUGAAUGGUAAGUUUUACCAGACUUUCUUAUGUUUUAUAUGGAUUUUAAAUGAUUUAAAUUGUUAAUAUUUGAUGAAGUAUACGUUCAACCUUGUUUUAGAGUAGUUUUCUUUAAUGUGAGUAUGUUGUGAUCUUAUGACAACAUUUUUCAGAUCGUGUAUCCAAAGUUAACGAAGGAGAUUGUGAAAUCGUGUUUAACGAUAGAGAUUUUAGUGACUUCAAGAUUAUUGUUGGUCAUGAGACCUUUUACGUAAGUUAUUUUUGUAUUAUUGUUUUUGAAGUUUUAAGUCUCAAUGACCAGAACGAGUCUUUGCAAUGUAAAAUCUGUGUUUAAGUUGGCAAUUAAACUAAACGAACCUUAUUUUAGGUAUCAAAAUGUUUGUUAGCCCAAAAAUCGCCGGUUUUCAAGACUAUGUUCAAGUCACGAUUUAACGAGUCUAUUAUGGGACAGCUUGAAAUGGUGGAUGACCCAGAAGCUGUUAAAGCGAUGUUGUUAUUCAUCUACGAAGGCAAGAAAGUUGACAACAUUGACUUAGCCAUUGAUGUGAUCCAGCUUUCUCAUCGUUAUGAAAUUGACAUUCUUACUGUAAUUUUUUUAUUGAAGUUUUUGUACCUUUAGGAUUUUGUGGAAUUUUAAGAGCCUAAAAAUAAGGGGAGUAAUGGCUAUAAGGAUUUAAAGAAUACUUGUUUUUAUGUGUUUCUCAUAACGAAAGUAUAUUUUAAUCACGUUUCUAGUGUCUAAAGUGUGUUAUAGUGGACAAUGAAAGUUCUACAACGUUGUACGUAAUAUAAUUAAUCUUAAAAGUCAAUUGCAGAUCCAGUGUGAGCUUUAUUUGACGGAGAAAAUCAAAAUAGAUCGUGCUGAAGAAUGUCUGGCUUUGGCAAGACAACUAAACCUGGACUACUUGGCUCUGAAGUGCUAUGAAGUUUUUUUCUUCAACUUUGAUGUCAGCGCCGACAGAGUGCGUCAAAAUUGGUCGGUAUCGCAGCCGGUUGUGAAGAAGGUCGUUCUGAACGACGUCGUCGAGAAUCUGAAGCUGGACAAGUUGAAGUUGAAUGGAAAGAAGGGCUUUCUGCUUCAAAUCCGAAAUCAGUGUUAUUCGAAUUGUCGAGUUUCUUACCGUUUCGGAUGGGAUGUCAAUGAAGUGCCGAUCAAAGUGGUCAAGAGUGGAGAGUACUUUGAGACACAUAUUCAAGUAAAUCCUCAACGAUCGGCGACGGCUGGUGCUUCUUUUAUGGUCUUUUUCAACCCACUAGGUGGCAAGAAACGUCAGGCUCAUUAUUUUGACAUUUUCUUUUGA